AUGAGCCGCCGCAUCCUCCUGAUCAACGGUCCAAAUCUCAACCUCCUCGGAAGGCGCAAGCCACACAUCUACGGGAAAACAACGCUCGCCGAGGUAGAAGAGCAAGCACGCACUCAGGCCGCCUCGCACGGCAUCGAGCUCGAGACCUUCCAGUCCAACCACGAAGAUGGGGCGGUGCAGAAACCCAAAAUAUCUGUCAUCAUCAUCAACCCGGGAGCGCUGACGCACACAAGCGUUGCCGUCAGGGACGCUCUGCUGGGGGUUGAUAUUCCCUUCGUCGAGGUUCAUGUUUCCAACGUGCACUCGUGGGAGGCUUUCCGGAAGCAGAGCCACUUGAGCGGCAAGGCCGUGGCUGUCGUUCGUGGCAUGGGCGUCUAUGGGGUACACGGCGGCAGUUGAGUUUGCGGCGAGGCAUGCCAGAUUUGGAAGACUGGGAAUAGACAGCUCGGUCACUUCUUUACAUUCACCGGGUCGAUUAUGACCAGAUACUGUGGC